CUGUGAUAUUCUCAAUCAAAAUAAUACAAAUAAACUUCAAUUUUUAUCAAAGAUAAAUCAUAUAUCCUUUUAUAAGAAAUUCUAAAUAAAAGAAUUGGAAAAUGGGGUAUUCAAAGGCAUUAGUCCUUUGUUUUUUAUUUUCAAUUAGUCUUCUCAUUCACUCUGGGUUCUCAGCUCGUAUCUUAGCUGAGUCCACUGAAAAGACUCAAUCUGUGGAUGAGUCCAAGUAUUAUGGAUCUCACUACGGACACUAUGGUGGUGGACACUACGGUGGUGGUGGAGGACACUACGGUGGUGGCGGUGGACAUUACGGUGGUGGUGGACACUAUGGUGGUGGCGGUGGACACUACGGUCAUUGGCCACCACAAAAAGAGGAAAAUAAGGAUGAAAAAACCGAGGUUGUAAAACCUGAAUACUAUGGAGGAGGCGACUACCACGGCCACGGUGGUUAUGGUCAUGGUGGAUAUGGUGGUUAUGGUCAUGGUGGAUAUGGUGGUUAUGGUCAUGGAGGUUAUGGUCACGGUGGUUACGGACAUGGCGGAUAUGGUCAUGGUGGAUAUGGUGGUCAUUAUCCCCCAAAGGAAACAAAGACCACCGAAGAACAAAAGGGCAACUAAUUACUAAUGACUACUCUGUGUAUGUGGUUUAUACAUGAAUAAUAAUAAUAGUAAUAAUAAUCUAAAAAAAAAAUAAUAAUAGUAAUAAUGGCAACAAUAGACUAUGUUUGUGUAACAAAAAUAUUGCGUAGAUGAAUUAUUUAAUCAUGUAAUGUAAUCACCUUAUGUACCCUUGAAGCUUUAAUAUAUAUAAGUGUCAUGCAUGUUUUUCGUUUA